AUGACGGACGAAACGGAGGCGGCGCGAAGGCGACCGCCGCCGCCGCCGCCGCGGCCCACCGUUCAGCAUGGCACACCGCUGAGCCAGCAGCACGGAGCCCAAGCGAGCCCGCAGCACACAACUCAUAUGAGUCCGCAGCACACGACUCAUAUGAGCCCGCAGCACUCGACUCAUAUGAGCGCGCAGCACUCGGCUCAGGGUCCGCAGCACAGCGCUCAGCUGGCCAUUCAGCCGGUGCGGCCUCCCGAGCCGCGGCCUCGCACCCAGCAACCGCCACGCCUCAUCAGGCCCUCCGAGCACCUCGCGAUAGUGGAACGCGCCCGCGAGCGCCGCGCGCCCCCCCUCACCCCCACCGUCGCGGUAAUACACGGUCCCCGACCCCCCUCAGCGCCCCCGGGCCACCACCUAGUUCCCUCCCGCAGCACCGCCAUCGUCCCCCAUGUGCCCCUGCUCCCCCACGCUCACAUAUCUCACAUACCUCACCACCCCCCCGUGCCCCAAGUGCCCCCGGCGCCACCGGCUCUUCGUCCGCGAGCCCCGCCAGCGAUAAGGAUGCCGGCGCCGAUCCCGCCACCGGUCAUGAGGUUGCCGCAACCAAGGAGAGAUGUUCAGCACCGCAACGUCCACCCGGGCGCUUUCCAAUGUCAACGCGCGAACGCCGCCUACGCAGCACGCGCCCCGAUUGGCCGACGGCGGGUGGCGCGCGUCUCCGUUGCAUUCGGACGAUACGUCACGGUCUUU